AGUAAAACAGCCAUAACCUGGCGUUGCGCGCGCGCAGCGGCUGCAAAACGUCGCCCAAAACGUCGCCGUCAAUAAGACACAGCAUCUUCAAUCUCGCAAGCGCACCGUCUAGCCAGCCCUAGGCGUACCUGAGAGCCGCCGAGCAAGAGCACCGCACCAGCACCGCCGCAGCGCCAGUAGACAGUAGAACCAAACAAAAUGUCCACGAUCCACGUCGCCAACCUGAGCCCCGCCAUACACGGCGACAUGCUGCGCUCCAUCUUCGCCCACUUCGGCCCCAUCGCCGACAUCCGCCUUAUCAGUGGACAGGGCCCCGCGUCCUACGCCUUCGUCGAGUUUAGUACGAGCGACGCCGCUGUCAAAGCCUUAGCCAUGUCCGGGUCGGAAUUCGACGGACGGGCCCUGCGCGUAGAGCUCGCGAACCAGAAGGGCGGGGGCGGCGCGGUCCCGCCCGCGAAUCCGCAGGCCUUGUCCGCGGAGUUGUUUGUGGGGGGGUUGGCUCCCUCGAUCACCGGCGACAUGCUGCGGAUGCACUUUAGUCGGUGGGGGGCUGUCCAAGAAGCCAACGUCAUGACCCAUCGCCAGACGGGCGUCAGCAAAGGCUUCGGGUUCGUUCGAUUGCAGUCCCACGAUCAAGCUUUGGCUUGUGUGGGUGGCGCUCCGCACAUCAUCGAGGGCCGGACGCUCAACGUCGAGCUGUCCAAUUUAGGCAAGAACGCGGCUGGCAUGCCUCCCCAAGCGCCGGCGCCCCGAAAACGCAAACACAGUGUCGAUACAGGAGAGGGCGACGGUCGGGGGUUGUGCGUCCAGCAGCUGUUCGACGCCGCGCCGGCGCUGGAAGCCUACGCCCAGAAAGUGGAAGCGGACACGCAUGCGACCUGUGGCGCCUUUGGUAGUAUCAGGAGCAUCGGCGUCCCGCGACCGAAAGUCUCCGGUUUAGCUGUGUGGGUCGAGUUCGACGAAUCGAGAGCAGCGAGGGCGGCGGCCGCGUCGCUCGCCAGUCGUACGUACGACGGGCGGACGCUCGGCGUCCGCGUUGUAGAUAGUGGCGCGGCGCGGCGCGGCGCGGCCGAGGCCGCGGCGCCGUCGGAUGGCGAUACCGAGCGUUUGAGAGAAAAAGCGCGCUUCGAGGCCGACCAAAGUCGCCUGUUGCAGCGCCGCGUCGAGGACCUCGAAUCUGAAUUAGAGUCCGUCCGAGCGUCGGCGAAGAAGGACCGGGACUUCCAGAAGCAGCGCAUCCAGGCGCUCGUACAACGCGUCGCCGCGCUCGAAGGGGGAGGUAUUUAAUGA